ACCUAGACCCUCCACCCACUGAUAAGAUGCACCAUAAACCUUUCAGCAGCAGCUGAUAAACGUCACCAUCAGUUGAUGUUAUGGAUCUGUUUUCUAGACAUUAAACUGAAAACCACGAGGUGAAGACAGAUCCAGAUCAGUCCUUCAAACGAACACAAGGUGAAGACAAAUCCUGAUCAGUCAUUCAGAACCACAAGGCUAAGACUCAGACAGAUCCAGAUCAGAGACAGUUCUUAGCUGAUUUUAGUCCUAGGAGAUACUGGACAUCUGGAAAGAGCUCUGGCAGGCCCUGUAGGUUUUGGGAGGUCCAGCAGGUUUCUGGAGGUCUGGCAGGUUUCAGGAGGUCUGGCAGAUUCAUCAGUGUGGAAGUCUGGAGUUCUGACCUGGUGGACAGAGGGCUGACAAACCAGGAUGAAGAGGGGGACCCGAGCUGGUCUGACAGGUCUGCAGAAUCCUGGACUGGAACUGGAGAUGACAGGAAGCACCAAGACAAUCCAGGUCUCAGAGUGUUCUCAGGAGUCCAGGUCCUCAGUGUCAGCAGCAAUGACGACUGCAGCUCGGUGGGCAUCGUACUCCUGUGGCCGCUGGAAGCAGAGAAGAAAACUGACAGGAGUUCAGAUGGCAACAAAGUACAGAGGUCUGGCUGAGGAUGAUGAAAGUGAUGAAGAGCAGAGAGAUGAAACCGACACAACAAAUAAAAAACAUCAACUGAACAAAAAACUGCUGGAUCACUUCAGAUACUUGGCUGCUACCAACCAGGACACCGACCAGGUGGACGUGGGUUUUCUGGAUGACUUGAUCUCAGAUGGAGCCGAUCCAAACAGCUCAGACAGAUAUGGACAAACCGUUCUGCACGAGAUCUCCAGGGCAUGGAGUGUGGAUGUGAUGCGGUUCUUCCUGGACCGGGGUUCAGACCUCCUCUUCCCGGAUCAGUUUGGAGUCACAACCCUGCAUGUGGCCUCGGCGCUGGACUACCAGGACAUGGUUAGGUUCCUGCUGGACCGGAAAGCUGAUCCAGAGGCUCGGACUCUCCUGGACCAGCAGACUCCUCUUCACUAUGCUGCAAAGAACGAUGCUGUGGGUUCGAUCAGACUACUGCUGCAGGCUGGAGCCUCAAUCUGCUGCACCGACUACAAACAAAGAACACCACUGCAGCUCGCCGCCAACCUGGAGCGUAAUCAGGCAGCUCGGGUCCUGUUGGAGCUCGGGGCGGAGGCAGGAAUAAAGGAUUCAGAUGGACAGCUCUGUAUAACUGCUCUGAUUGGUCGGAUGAGUCCAGUGGCCCAGCUGGCGCUCACUCAGUUCCAUGUAACUGACAGAAUGACCAGACAGCAGUACUACUACCUGAACCUGCUGGAACCAGAUCCAGAACCAUGCUCACAUGAGAAGCACUUGCAAGAGGCAGUGGUCAUUGAGCCGACGUCUCCACUAGAGGUGGUGGUCCAGGAAGGAAAACUAGACCUGAUCAUGAAUCCAGUCUUUCUCAAACUGAUCCAGGUCAAAUGGAAACUCUACGGCAGGUUGGGGGCGUGGCUUCUCCUCAUCCUCAACUUCCUGUUCAACGUCUCCUGGACAAUCGUCGCCCUCUCUGCGUCUGUCCACCAAGACUCACCUGAUCGCUACAUCCUCCCCCAGGACUGGUGGCGUGUCCUCUUUUUAGUCCUGGCGCUGCUGUUGACCCUGGAGGAGGUGCUGAGGGAGGCGCGGGACAUCCUGCGUUCAAGGAGGAAGCUCCGCCUCUGGCAGCGGUGGGCAGAGCAUCGUCUCCAUGACGACCUGCGCUGCUCACAUCCAAUGUGGCCUCAGGAGAGAGUUUUCUUGUUGCAUCAGAACAAACAGAUUCACAGGAUGAGAGGAAGCUACAGCCAAGACCUGUGGAAUGUUUUUGAUUGGCUGGUGUACUCUCUGCUAAUGGCGUCCUUCAGCGUCCACAUGGCCGAUGUGAUUGGUCCGUCCGUCCAUCUCCACACUGCCAGUCUACGUCUGUUCUCUGUCACCAUCAUCUUCCUGUGGCUGCGACUCAUGAAACACGUCAGAGCCUUCAGGUUGAUGGGUCCGUUCGUUGUCAUGUUGGGGAACAUUGUUGGGGAUUUGAUGUGUUUCCUCUUCCUGUACGCUGAGAUCUUUGUUCCUUACGCCUGCAGUUUCUGGAUCAUAUUUGGAGGUCAGAUUCCCAGCAUGCAGUCUGUGUCUGGCCUGCUCUACAGUCUGUACCGCAUCACUCUGGUUGACGAGUAUGAAUACGCUGCUAUGGCAACGGUGGAUGGCGUCAUGGCUCCUCUGUUGUGUGGGACGUUUCUGGCUGCGUCCUCCAUCCUGUGUGUCAACCUGCUGAUCGCCCUACUCACUGACACCUUUCAGAGGGUUCAUGAUAACUCGCAGGCAAACGCUGUGAUGCAGCAGGCUGCCGUAAUCCUGCAGGUGGAGGACUCCAUGCCCCUCCUCCGCCGUUUCUAUGACAACCAGUACAUCUCCAACAACUGCGCACCACUGGCUGACGCCUAUGAUGUUGACAUCACCACAAACCCCCAUUACCAUGGCGAGAUGGGACGCAUCACCACGCAGAUCAAAGAGACUCUAGAUCAGUUCCUGGUUCUGCAGAGACACAUGGAGAGAGUCAUUGGUUCAGGAGUCCAGAUGGAUCGGUACCUGAAGAACCACAGUCAGGAGAAUAAGGACCAGCAGAACCUGGGGCUUCAGGAACACAACAUGCAGCACCAGCAGAAACAGAAGCUGCAGAACCAGGAGAUUCAGGAACAGAACCAAGAGAACAAGGUCCAGCAGAACCAGGAGUUUCAGGCCAUCCGAGCAGAGAUGAUGCAGCUCCGGUCUCUGGUCCAGCAGUUGGUUCAUAACAGGACUGAAUCAGGUUAACAGAUCUGAAUCUGUGUGAGACCUGAUUUGUGAGGACCAGACCAGACCAAGCCAGACCAGACCAAUGUCCUGUUCUUCAAACAUGGUUUGAGGACUAAUUUGUUGAUCCUGAAUGAAGUUAUCUUGAACAGCACACUCUUAUUGUAAAGGCAACAUGAGUAGAAAUUUGAAACCAUGAUCAAAUCUCAAACAUCAUGAUUGGCCGAGUGCUGAUCAUAUGAUUGGCCGAGUGCUGAUCAUAUGAUAGGCCGAGCGCUGAUCAUCUGACUGCUGUUACCUGAGGUAGGUGUGAGGCAUGCACUGGGGCAACAGAUUCAUGGAAAUACAUGUGAUGUUAUGUUCCUGCAGAGUUAUUAUGUAUUAUUUUGCUGUGUUCUACAUUGUUUUUCACAGAGCUGAACUGUUGUUAUAUUAGUUACUCUGAGUAAGACUUUCAGUGAUGCACAGUUCAAUAAAUCUGAUCAACUGGUCGUCUAUACUUUACUUUUAACUUCAACAUUUAUUCCAGUUUUAAAUUCAUUGGUUGAUUCAGUCUAAUCAAACACAGCUUCCUCUUAUGAUGCAAGUAAAAAACACACAUUUAGUUUUCAAAUGACAAAAUUCCCAUCGCAGUGUUAUAGUUAAAGCAUGUUUUCCAGUUCACUCAUAAUGUUUUCAUUGAAUUUAUGCCUUUCCUUUUGAGGGUUUGCUCUUUGUAAGACUUAAUAUUUUAUUUUGUGGUGUAUUUUAUCUAAUGUAGAUAUGCAACUCUUGAUUUUGAAAAUUAAAUUGUGAUAAUUACACCAACACAUGGUGAUGGUUUUUCAUCUAAACUCAUGAUUCAUUUUCUGUCUGAAACAUCACUGAAGAUAAAACAGUCUGAUCACACAGGAAACUCUCUGUUGGCUAUAAAUAAAAUAUAAGUUCCUUUC